AUGGCGCAGAAGUCGCUUUUGGGACUCCUGUUCCCGACGCUGAUUGCAGCCCAGGGAGGGGAUUACCAGAAGUACAUGAGCCAGUAUGCUGCUCCGUACCAGAGCUACAUGCAAGGCGGCGGCAAUGGCGAUUUCAAGAAGUACAUGACGAAGUACGGAUCUGGUGCGGCUGGCGGGUAUGAGAACUUCAUGUCGAAGUACGCAGGGGACUUUGCCGGCAAGUACAUGCCCUCGUCAGAAGCCUCGGCCGAAGACGCAGAGAAGCCCGUCAGCUUCGCCGCAGCGAAGGAUGCCGACAAAGGCUCGAAGAAGGAUGCCUCCCGAAGCAAGGACCACGAGGAGUCAGAAAGUGCAUCGCAACAUGGAUCUGAUGGAAGUGGCUUCCAGAAGUUCUUGGACUACUCCAAGUACACGCAGGGCCACGGAUCCCAGGGCGGCGAUUACAGCAAGUACAUGCAAGGGCACGGCUCGCAGGGCGGUGACUACAAGAAGUACAUGGACUACUCCAAGUACACCCAGAGUCAGGGCUCGCAGGGCUCGCAGGGCGGUGAUUACAAGCAGUUCAUGAAGGGCUAUGCCAAAUACAUGCAGCAAGGACAGGGUGAUCAUGGCGCCACCAGCAGCCCUGUCCUCUUGGCAGCGGCUCGCGCGAAUGCCAGUUCCAAGCACGGAGAGAGCAGUGCCGAACACAAGUCUUCAGACGAUGCGCGUGAGAUCUCCGAGCGCGAGCGCGAGCAGCGCGAGCGCCAGCGUGAGAGCGAAGAGCGCCAGCAGGAGAAGCAGCAGUUGCGCAAGGAGCUGGCGUCUGAGAAAGCAAGCCUCCGCGCUGAGCUCGCCUCCGAGAAGGAGCAUUUGCGGGACGAGCUUGCCGCCGAAGCCAAGGAGGCCGCGGCCGCUGCUGCCAAGGCUGCUCAGGCCGCGAAGGACGCCGCCGCUAAGGCCAAGGGUCCCGCACUUCUGGCCGUCGCACCGAACACGGCGGAGAACACGGAGGAAUCCGAUGAGAACGAGCGACUCCAGCAGGAGAAGAAGCAUCUCCACGAGGAGCUUGCCUCGGAACGCGAGCGCCUGCGUAAGGAGCUGGCCUGGGAGAAGGAGCACCUGCGUCAAGAGCUGGCCGAGGAGGCCAAGCAAGAGCAGGCAGAGCAGGCCAAGGAGGCCAAGGAGCAGAAGGACGAGGAAGCUGCGCCCGCAAUGUUGGCAGCCAUGUCGAACGUCUCGAAGCCUACGCUCCUGAUUGCCAGCACCCUGGCCGUUGGUGCACUGGUCGCCGGCUUUGCAUCGGCUGCGCGGAUUCGCCGCCAGCGCCAGGCGCUGUCGAACAGAGCCGAGGACUACCUCAUGUACGUGGAGGCUCCGAUGGCGGGACCCUGA